CGAACCCCUCCCCUCCCUCCGCCUCUCGCCGGCUCCGGCCGCCGCGGGGGGAAGCAUGAGUCGCGAUCCCACUCCUUGCCUAGGUCUCCGUCUUCUCGGUUCCCCAUCCAGCUCCACCUCGCCCGCGGCCGCGGGAGAUGGAUGGCUCAUUGACGUGGCAGGGGAGACGGGGCCUCCAGCGGGUGGAAUUCGAAAUUUCCGAGGGUGGUGACGAUGAUGAGCUCGUCGGCCUCGAGGAGGGAGGGAGGUGGCGAGGAGCUCCGAGGUGGGGCACACCGGUGGCGGCGAGCCCCCGAGGCCCUCCGCGGCGGCGAUGGCGCGGAGCGGGGAGGGAGCUCCCGAGGGGCUCGGCGGCGGCGGUGCGGCACGAGGGUUGGAUGCUGCGGUACGGGCGGCGGAAGAUCGGGAGGUCGUUCGUCCGCACGCGCUACUUCGUCCUCGACAACAAGCUGUUUGCCUACUACAAGAGGCAGCCCAAGGAGAACGUGGUGCCAGUGAAGGCGCUUCAAAUAGAUGGAAAUUGCAGAGUGGAAGAUAGAGGUCUUAAAACAUACCAUGGGCAAAUGGUCUAUGUUCUGUGCAUAUACAACAAGAAAGAAAAAGAGGAUCAAAUCACGAUCACAAUGAUGAUUAGAUGAAAGAGGAAGAAGAAAAUGAUGAGAGAGAGAUAUAUAAAGAAACGAUAUCUCUAUUGUACCUGCAGUCCCCACUGUUCCAUUUCCCUGAAAACUAUGUGUGCGCGCAUCACAUCUCAAACAAAGUUGCAAAAAGAAAAGAAAGAUAUGUGGCGGGUACCAACUGGAGGAAUCGAUUUGGGUUAACAAACAAGCAUACAUGCAUGCAUACAAGCAUGUUUGCAAAUUGCAAUUGCUUGCUUCCACAAAAAGAAAGAGAUCUCCAAACAAGUAUGAGAGAUAGCUAGCUCUCAUACCAGCAGAGCCCACUCACUCAUGGCACAGGGCACUGCACUGACCUAACCAUCGAACAGCUAGCCUCAUGAUCAAGACUUGGAUUCAUGGCCAGCUUUUGAGUUUGCUUUACUCAAGGACCAAAGGAGAUCAGCCAAAAAAAAAAUUUAAAAACAAGAAGCCUUCAGAUCAACCAGAAAUCUACUACAAGAUGAAAUACUAGCUAUAGCUCAGCUACAGCCUACAGCUACACCAAAUUCAGACAGAGAAUGUACAGGGGCAAAAUGGUCAGCUCUGAAGUGAGCAAUGGCACUAUAAAUCCUCCUCACUGGCAUAACAUUGGUGGAAGCAAUCAAGCAAAUGGGUGAGCUAGGAAGGAGAGGGAGGUAGUACAGUGCAGCAAUGGCCAUGACCAUGAAGAGUGUGCUGCUGCUGCUGCUCGGGUUCGCAAUGGCGGCAACCUCGUCGGCGGCGGUCUACAAGGUCGGUGACACCUCCGGCUGGACCAUCCUUGGCAAUGUCAACUACACUGACUGGGUUGUCAAGAAGAACAUCCGUAUUGGUGACACCAUAGAGUUCAAGUACCCGCAGGGAAUCCACAACGUGCUGGAGGUGAAGAAGGCGGACUACGACAGCUGCACCAACUCGUCGCCGAUCGCCACCCACACCUCCGGCGACGACAAGAUCACCAUCAAGAGCGCCGGCCACCGCUUCUUCAUCUGCGGCAUCCCGGGCCACUGCGCCGCCGGCCAGAAGCUCAACAUCCGCGUGCUCAAGCAGCGCUCCUCUGACGCCCCUUCCGCCGCGCCCGCUGCCUCCCCGCCGCGCCCCUCCUCGUCCUCCGCCUCCUCCCCCGCCGGCGGCAGCGACCCCGCCUCGACGCCGUCCUCCUCCGCGGCGUCCACGGACAGCUCGUCCUCCUCCGCCGCUCCCUCGCCCAACGCCAACGCCGCCGCCGGCGCCGUCAGGGCGGCCUUCGCCGCCACGGCGUUGCCGCUGCUCGCCGCCACGGCGUUGCCGCUGCUCGCCGCCACGGCGUUGCUGCUACAGUAGAAUCAAUCCGAUGGUCGUCUCGUCGUCGUCGUGUGCAUGCCAUGAUCGAUGCAUCUAUCUCCGGUUGAUAUGAUUACUUCGCCAGCCAUGAUCGAUUCAUCGAUCCAUCUCCUCCAUAUCGAUUCUUUCGCCAUAAUGUGUGUGUGUUAAUUUUUGGUUUCUUGGUUUCAGAUAUAUUGUAUCAUGUGGAUUAUGUUCAGAGACUGCACUGUUUCACAGUGAGUUUGGUG